AUGGUGGAGCGUCCUCAAUACUUCGAGAACACAUUGACUCUGCCAUCCAUCAAUGCAGCCACUCUAAGCGAGAGUCUCCAAGAACUACGCACCGCAGUUCACAAUGGUGCUCAACUGGUGCAGGAAAAUAGUCCUCUACCAGAGGCAUGGGGCCCCAGUGGCCUGUUCAGGGCCUUUCCAGGCAUCGCCCUGGCAUUUUUGCGUUUAGACUAUCAGUCUUCGGUAUUGAAGGAUGCCAGACUGGCUUGGCCAGAUUAUCGUCAAUUUGCACUCCAGCGAAUCCCAUCGAGCCCCCCUGAUGCAGAAUUGCUAGCGUCUCGGCUUUCCCCCCUCGGUUCUUCUUGUCCCAUAACUGCGAUCAUGAUGCAAAUUCUAGCCAAUGUGGCUAAGAAUAACUGGCAAGACAACUGUCAUAUCAAUGUCACAAAAGAUAACAUCACUUGCCUUCGCGACGCUGUGCAGCUGGCUUUGAAGAAUGAGCCGCUCGUUGUACAUGAUGGCCGCCGUAUGGGCGGCGAUGAGGUACUCUUUGGGCGUGCAGGGCUACUUUGGGCUCUCUUGAGCAUUCGAUCCCAUCAUUUCGAUCAAGAGAGCCAGAGAGCUCUGUCGCCUGUGUUAGAAUCAAUUCCAGAAUUGAUUCGGGUCAUCAUUGAUGCUGGUAAACAAGGGUCCCGAGAGUAUAUCGAGAAAAAUGGAGUUGAAGGUUCACACCCAUUGAUGUAUGCUUGGAUGGAGGGUUAUUAUUGUUUUGGGGCGGUUCAUGGUGCAACCGGAAUUCUCACAAUUUUGCUUUCGUGUGAGCCCGAAGAGCUGGCGGAAUAUAUCCCGGUGAUUGGUGAAACCAUCAGCGCGCUAUGCCAGCUCUCAGCUACCAAUGAUGGCCAUCUGCCGAUGACAACCCCUUCUUUCAGCUUUGGACAGCGCUCUGAGCUGGUCCAGCUAUGUCAUGGAAUUCCAGGGCUACUCAUUCUACUUGGCGCAGCUUUCAAGCAUAGAGGUCUGACCCACGACCAUUGGAACCCAUCCUGGGACCAAGCAAUGUAUUUGGGUAGCGAGCGUAUUUGGGAAGAGGGCCUCCUUUCCAAAGGAGGAAGUCUUUGCCAUGGCGUAUCUGGCAAUGCAUGGGCAUGGCUGCUUCUCCAUGAUGCCUUUGAAUACAACUCAGACAGCAUCAACGAUGCCCGUGAAGCUUAUCUCCAACGCAGUCAGCUUUCGGCCUUGCCUAAUAUGCAGAUCAGCCAAAGUCUCAAGGGCGACUUCUUUCUGUCAAGGGCACUUGCGUUCAUGCUACAUGCACGCGAGACCAAGCCCUACAACGCAUCUUCUAUGCCCUCCGACAAGGACUACCGUAUGCCUGAUGAGCCCUAUACUUUGUUUGAGGGUCUCGCUGGAAACGUCUGCGCGUGGGCUGAGACUUGCACUGUCCUCCAAGCCAGACUGCGCAAAAUGGAAUUGGUUGAACAGGGCGUGUGUGCUAGAAACGGGCUACCACGCGAUUCGAUUUUCCAACAUGCCUUGUCUAGACAAAUCGGCUUCCCCGCUUUAGGUGGAAAUGGGGCGAUGGGUAUCUAUUAA